CGCGGUGCAUGGUGGGACCGUCGCCUCGGACAACCAACCUGCCCCCCAUCCUGGUGGCCGCCUCUUGGCGGUGCAGAACGAGCGCGGCGGCGGCAUGCGUCAGGCCUCCACAUCUUCAGAGCCUCUGGCGAGCCCCGACUACUACGAGAGGCUGGGCCGCCUCCAGCACCGGCUGCGGGACAGUGAAAAAAAGAGACUGGACCUGGAAAAGAAACUUUAUGAAUAUAAUCAAUCUGAUGUAUACAGAGUUAAGCUGAAGUAUGUUAAACUAAAGAAAUACCUGAAGGAAAUAUGUGAAUCAGAAAAGAAGGCUCAUACUCGAAACCAAGAAUAUUUAAAACGGUUUGAGCAUGUCCAAGCUCAUGUUGGACAUUUUACCACCAAUACAGAGAAGCUUCAAGAACUGAAGAACGAAUAUGAGGCUCAAAUGAAGAAGAUGCAGCUACUGUCAAAAGAGAGCCUGGGAACAAGAGGCAAACUGGAAGAUGAAGACAGAGGAAAGGUUGCAAGGCAGGCAGGAAUUAACUCGGGGACAGCCAUGUCAAGUGGAUUGUAUCAACCAGCAACAAUCUUUAUGGGCCGCCACAUGUCAGCUGUCUCAAGCACUGGAGGUUUCAGUACAGAGCAGAAAUCUCCCCAGCCCACAAAGAACUUUUCAAUUCCUGACCCACAUUCACACCGACAGACAGCCCAGAGCGGUAAUGUGACGGACAGCUAUGUAGUACAAACUAAUAGUGACACACAGCGCUUAAAUAAGUCUGACAAAAUAGAUGGAAAGACAUCUCUUCAGAUUGGUGAGGAAAUGCCAGUCAUAGCCAGCGCAUUGUCUGAGGAGGAACAAACUCAUUGCUUGCAGAUAGGAAGCAACACACAUCAUGGCGAGAGUAGUUUAUCUGAAAGCAAAAAGUCUGCUGAACUCCAUUCCCUGUUACGGAAAAGAUUAAGUCCGGAGAACAGAACCACUGAUUUAAAGUGUGACAGUUCCAGCAGAUCAGAGGGAUCAGAGGGAGAAAUACUGACACAGGAACAUAUUGAAGUCAAGGAAGAAAGAGCCAGACCGCCAGUCUCUCGGGUAUCAGUCUCAGAAUACCAUGCAUCUGAAAAUAAGUGUUCUCAAGAGAAGGAUUCUGCUUGGGAAGGUUUCUCAGAUCAUCUUCCUCCCAGGGACCCGGAGUCACAGAAACCCUUCAGAAAAAUGCAGGAAGAGCAGGCGGAGGAAAGUUUGAGCAGCAGUAGCAGUGACCUCACAGUCUCUGUCAGUGAAGAUGAUCUCAUUUUCAAGAGUCCAGAACCACAGCCAAAUCCGAGUGACAAGAUGGAGGGAGAAGAUGGAAUAGAGGCCUUAAAAUUAAUCCACUCUGAGCAAGAAAGAGGUGCCCUAUCCACUGAAAAACAUAAUUGUAUUUUGCAAACCCUAAACUCUCCUGAUUCAAAAAAGGAAUCCUCCACUAACUCACCAACAAGAGAAUCUGAACAAGCACCAGCAGCAGCCUUAUUGAGGGCACACUUGGAUCAGCAUGUUGCCACGUUGCAAGAACAUGAUAAUUCUAUCAAAGAAGAGGCAACAGCAUUAUUGAAAAAAGCCCUUACAGAAGAGUGUGACGAUAGGUCAGCUAUUCACAGUAAUGAAUCAUCUUGCAGCUUGCCGUCUAUUCUGAAUGACAAUAGUGGAAUAAAGGAAGCCAGACCCGCUCAGUGGCUCAACAAUGUUCGUACAAAGGAACAAGAAGUUUCCAGUGGCUGUGGAGACGAGAGCAGGGAAGAAAGCAUGGCAGCAAAGAUCCCGAUCACAGAAACAAAAGCCUACCAGUUGCUGAAGCAGUCUACCCUUCAGGAUAAUAUAAAUCACACUGAAGACAGAUUCCAAAAGAUGGAUGUUUCUGUGUUACAACUGUCAGGUCUGAACAUUGGCAGCGGGACAUUCAAGACAAAGACAGCUAACAAAAUCGCUUCGGAGGCUAGUUUUUCAUCGAGCGAAGGAAGUCCUUUGUCAAGGCAUGAAAAUGAAAAGAAAUUAACUACCAAUUUAGAGUUUAAAGCCUUCUGGUGUGAGUCUGAUGACAGUAACUCAGAAAUUGAAGCUGCAUUACGUCCUAGAAACCACAACACAUCCACCGAUGAUUUUGAUGAUUUUUAUGACUAAUAAGCAGUAACAACUGUUGGAAAUAAAGUCAUCAAACAAACUAAAACCCUGUGUUCAUAUGUG